CACCGCCAUGUAAGUACAGAGCAAACCCUUUAAGCCCUAAAAUCUCCAGAUUUUGAGGGAAUUCUCAUUACAGAAUGAGUGGAGGGUACAAUGACAUGAAGCGCUCCAAAAGGAAGAGGAAGACAAUCGAGACAACGUCGGAGGAAAAGCCGGUAGCAAAGAGAAUCGAGUCAUUGUCGGAGGAGAAGCCGGCGGCAAAGAAAAUCGAGUCAUCAACGGUAGAGAAGCCGGCGACGAAGAAAAUCGAAUCAUCAACGGUGGAGAAGCCGGCGGCAGAUACUGCGGGGCAGCAGUCUUCGAAGCAUAAGAAGAAGAAAGAAGUUGCCAUCUUUGGAAACUACAGGCAUUACUAUGGAUAUCGAGUUGGGCAGGACUUGGACGAGGAUCCUAGACUAAGGGUGAUGAAAAGGGAAUGGUUUGAAGGCAACGAAUGCCUUGAUAUUGGCUGCAAUAGUGGCUUGAUAACAAUAGCUGUUGCUAAAAAGUUUGGUUGCAAGAGCAUUCUUGGUGUUGACAUUGAUGGAGCUAGAAUUGAGGAUGCAUGUUGGACACUUAGAAAAGUUUUGAAGACAAGUAUGCCUAAAGCGACCUCCAAGGUUCCUGGUUCAGGUCAUGUAAAUUUCGGAAAUAGCUUGAAGGAUAAUGCAAGUGAAUUACCACCUAAAGAGGCACCACAAAGUGAUGGAAACUCACCUCUUUUAGAGGCAAAAGAUUUGGAUAAAAUUGUAUCGUUUCAGAAAGGAAAUUUUGUUCAGAAUUGGCAUCCACCAGCGCAUACAAGUUACCAUGCAAUCCUUUGUUUAAGUGUGACAAAGUGGAUACAUCUAAAUUGGGGUGACAAUGGAUUGUUGACCUUAUUCUGGAGAGUCUGGAAGCUUCUCAAACCGGGUGGUGUUUUCAUUUUGGAACCCCAACCAUGGAGCUCAUACGUUAACAAUCGUCAAGUAUCUGAGACAGCUUCUGUUAACUACAAAAAUAUUCAGAUACCUCCCGAGGAGUUUCAGGACAUACUUCUAGACAAGAUUGGAUUUCGACAGGUGGAGAACCUUACUGCAGGCUUAUCUGGUACGAAAUCGGGAUUCAACCGGCCUAUCUUAGCUUUCUGGAAAUGAUGGAUUGGGUUGAAGCUUCUUUGGUUUUGGUUGAUUUAUUGAGAAUCAUAAUUUUGGGUGUUGUUGAGUUAUUUGUUUUGAUAUAGCAGCAGAUUUUGAAUAGAAAUGCUUGCUAUCUAAUCAACAAAUCUUUGAGAAAACUAGGCAACGGGUUGUUUUGCUGCACUAAAGGAACCAUCCAAAGCUUCCGUUGGUUUCGCUUGCUUUGGUUGUAAUUUCUUUAGAAUGUAAUGUAAAUUAAUUUAUACUUUGAUAAUGUUGGAUAAUACAAUUUUAAUA